AUGUUAACAUUUUCUUGGACGGGUAAGCGAAAGAAAAAGAGUGAUGCGGCUGAUCCAGCGAUGGCCGUAUCAAAGCAUCGCUCCACCUCGGACCAAGAUUCGUCCGAACCGUCAGUCAGCAGAUCGACGACAUCUACCGGAUCCAUCCAUUUCGGACAAACAACAUCAUACACUUCAACAGUCGGAACAAGUUUCAAGGAAGCUGAGUAUUCCGGACGGCUCUUACUUCAUGGCUUGAGACUCUCGGAAUUUCCGAUUGAAGCUUUCUCUAAUAUUGAACUCAUGGACAUAGUAUUUAUCGACCUCAGUGACAAUCGUAUGUCAACAUUACCCGCCGACUUCUCAGCUUUUGACUGUCUGAUCUCUUGUAUUGCCAGUUCGAACCGUUUUCGAACAAUUCCUACGUGUAUCUGCUCUCUCGAACAACUCACCUAUCUUGACUUUAGCUUCAAUGAGAUCUCUCAUCUUCCGGAUGGCCUGUUCGACCUUCCACUCACUGCUCUCAUUCUUGCUGGUAAUAAGAUUUCGUGUAUUCCAGAAGGAAUCCGACGCUUGGCUCCAACUCUUGCGUACUUGGACUUGUCAAGAAACGACGUCCGCAGUCUUCAGUCACAACUCAGAUAUCUGAAGGCACUCAAAGUAUUGAAAAUCUCCAGGAACAGAGUUGAAGACUUUCCAGCAGAGUUGUGUUCCUCGUUGGAAUUGCGGACUCUGGACCUAUCGCAGAACAAUUUGUCCUAUUUGCCAGCUGACUUUGUCAAAAUGACCGAUCUCCGUCACCUGCAACUAGAAUGCAAUCCACUGCGUAGUCCGCCAAUGGAAAUUGUCGAACUGGGAAUUGUGCACAUAUUCAAGUGGCUUGAUGGUAGAACAUCUGGCUGUUCAUUGAUGUCGGCCGGCUCUCAGGACGGCGUUUUAGACCGAAAACGCACUCCGACCACAACGGCCAUUGUCGCCGAAAAACACGCACCACAUAACGAAUCGAGAACUACGCGUAACACUUCUGAACCAGCGAAACAUCAUCCACAUGACCACAAAACCGAGAACGGACAUCUUACCCAUCGACCGAAAGAAUUAGUCGAGCCCAAAACAAUCGCAUCCGUACAUUCGAAACCGCACAAUGUACAGAUUGUUCACAAUAAGAUUUCGUCGGUUCCGUCCCAUGUGCCAACCUCAAUUCAAAAUGGAAGAGAACACUCAAGACAGAGUACUCCAGAUGAGCAGAACAACAAUAAUAACAACAAUGAUGUGUCAAAGUCAAAACUGAGUAGCAACUUGUCAAGUCCAGGAAUAACCAAAAAACCAAUAUCGAAAGUAGCUCCAAUGAUGAAACCGGCAGUCCGCCCUGCUCCAAACGGAAAUAUCCAGACGAAAAUUGGCACUGCCCGUCGUCCGAACCCGAUUCAAAACACAACAGUCACCAGGUCCACCAACACUACUGCUGUCAAAAAAGAAAUCCCAGUGAAGAGCACCAAAAUUGCCUCAGCCACAACCCGUCGGUCAGAAGAACCUGCUGCAACAAAGAUUGCAAGUCGACCGAUAACCUCAAGUGUCACAAACUUGAAUAAGUCAGGAAUACGUGCGCCAGGCACUGGAAUUGCGAAUGAUGUGGAAAGCGCUAAAAAGUUGCUGAGAGAAAAACUGGGACCAAGCUUUGCACUCAAUAAAGGAGAUAUCAGUUUUAGUCUUCAAUUGUCAGAUGGACAGGAGUUGUGUAAAUUUGUUAAUAAGCUUCAUCCAGAUGCUAUUUUGCUUGCUUCGCCAACUGAUUCGUCCAUCGCCACAACUCGCUCAAAAAUGAAUGUUGACAAAUUCCUGCAAUUCUGCAAGAAACUUGGAGUUCCAGAUACCACCAUGUGCUCCCAAAUGGACAUUAUUUCAAAGAGAAAUCCGCAAAAAGUGGCACGAACCGUUUUGACCGUCGCAAAAUUGCAACAGCUUCAAUCGUCAACUCAUAAUUCCAUCCAAUGCUGA